AUGGAUAUGAUUGGAAAACGUAUAGGGCCGCUGCCUGGGGGUCGCCGGGGCGCGUCUGGAGCUGGCGCUGGACGCGGCAGCAUGCGGGCCGCCAGCCGAGCGCGCGGAGCUGCAAGAACACCUAACAGCCCCCCACAUCCAUCAUCCCCACCAGACGGCUUGAUGUCGGCAGGGUCCUCUCGGACUCGGCAAGCGGCAUCCGCCGCUGGUGGAGUGCGCCGCAUGCGUUGGACAAGGGAUAUGAACGCAAACGCAUUGCGGGCGUACUAUAUGGCGAAAGGGGAGGAAACAGCGGGGAUAGCGUAUCGGGCUCGGAUGCAUUGCUUUUUUGCUGAGCUGGAGCCGUCUAUUCCCGUCACGGAACAAAACCUGGCAGACCGAGUUCGGUACAUCAUGCGCUCGAAAAUAUUCGAUGAUGCCGAGCUCGAACGACUACGACGUGAGGCCAUUCCCUCAUCGAAUGAAUUGGCUACGGCUGGGGAUGCGGCUCCUCAGGCGACAGACCAGCUGCCACGCGUAGAAGCCGCCAUGGAUCUUCCAGUUGUGGUUGAUUCAGAUGAUGAUGAAAUGGUCUCCCACGAACUAGAGCAAAUGAGGAGUAUAUUGGAAGAGGCGAUUUUGGAAACGCGCGGCAUGCCUCUCGAAAAUCGACCGCGACCUCCCCGCAUACCUCUAAGCAAGCGAAAUCGGGCUGUCGUGAGGGUUCUGAACCCAAUACUGGUGACCUAUUUGGAAGCCAGCCGGGACCUUUGCGAGACGGACUCAAUUCUUUUUGGCGCCGCACUGGCAGCCUGCCGUAUUAUUGGCGCCGGACUUUCCCGGCUGGACGCGCUACUGGACAAAGUAGCGCCAUCCCAGCCUGGAGAAAAAGAAUUGAGGACCGUAUCGCAAAGGCAAGGGCCCUCAUCGGCAGACUGA